AGUGGCUGUGCUGGCCGGCUGGGCUUUUAUUUUAGGAAACAGCUGUAUCAUUUCCACGCACCCUUAUAGGCAGAGGGAGGCUGUCCACUAGUGUUCUUCAAAAGAAGGGAAGGCACCAUGAAGAGCUCUUUGUUGCUGUGUGUGGCCUUGGCCAUCUCCUUGGGGCUCGUCCUGGUGGCAGGUUAUCCACGUGACCCUGAGGACGAGGAGCACGUGCUGGUCAAUAACAAGUGUCAGUGUGUAACAGUGACCUCAAAGUUCGUCCCCUCCAAAGAAAAUCCUGAUGCAGAAAUUCUACAGAGAAACAUACGCAUCCUAGUCCCCCUGAAGGCUCGAGAGAACAUCUCUGACCCCCUGUCCCCACUCAGAACCACUUUUGUCUACCGCAUGACUGACCUCUGCAAAAAAUGUGAUCCUGUAGAGAUUGAGCUGGGUGGUGAGAUACACAAGGCCCAGCAAAGCACCUCCUGCGAUGAACCUGAAACCUGCUACACCUACAACCGGGACAAGUGCUACACUACAAAUUUCCCAUUCCUCUACCACGGAGAGAUGAAAAACUUGCAAGCAGUUCUGACACCAGCAUCCUGCUAUGCUGAUUAGCUUAAUCCACUGCCUCCUCACAUUUAGUAUUCCUAUAAAAAAAAUUGUAUAGCACCAUUAGCACCUGGACAAGAGUGUCCAAAAUACCAGAUCCCAGAGUAAUGCCAACUUGCUUCUUCAUACUGUUUUCAACAGCAGACUACUGCCAUCUCCCAAGAACAGGUACUGGUUGUUAGACUCUUCAUCCCCGGCACAUAUCUACAAUGCCAUUAUUGUAUGCCCCAGAUGUUAUCACUAUAUAGACCAGAUCCUAAGUAGAUCUAAAUCAGUAAUUCUCUUUAAGGAAAGGGAACUACAUAGAUUUACAGCACUGGAGAGCUCGUCUUUCUGGUGGUCUUCCAACAGUCUUCAUCUGAGCAAGGCUGCUGGAACAUCUGUGUAUUUCUCUCCCUGAGCCAUCUCAAGCAAGCCUCUGCACAACCUUAAAAAAAAAACCCUUUGACUGCAUUAGCAGAAUUUGUGUCAUUAUUAGAAGUACAACCAGAUUUGAGAGAAAAGAUGAGGGAUAAGACCAAGGAUUCCUAUUUCAAAGGUCAUAUUCAUUUGGGCAUUCUAAAGCACUUUGACUGUUGCAAGCUUCUAGCUUGCAUGUACAUUUGGAGAAGACCAACAGAUAACUCUACCCUGAACUCUUCUGCAAAGUUGCCAGGAGCUCAGCUGUGCCAGGAAUAGUAAACCCCUCUAGAACAUUAGGUAUUUCAC